AUGGAUCUAUUUCCAAAGGCACGAAUGGUAGAUUGCAAGGGAAUUUCUACUCCUGCGAGUUCAAAAGACAAGAUAACUGCUACACAAGGUCCUUUAUUUUCUGAUUCUACUUUGUAUAGAAGCAUAGUUGGUGGACUGCAGUAUUUAAGCCUCACGCGUCCUAAGAUCUGCUACUCGGCGAGUAACAUAGAAGAUUGGAAUUCUAUAACUAGUUUUGCAAUUUUUAUGGGCAAAUAUCUCAUCUCUUGGAAUUCAAAGAAGCAGCAGAUUGUUGCAAAAUCCUCCACCGAGGCAGAGUACAGGGCUAUCGAUUUAGCUAUCACAGAACUCACUUGGAUACAAUCACUUUUACGUGAUAUUGAUUUUGCUUCUAAAUAA